AUGUUUGACAAGCCAAGUAAUCUCUGCUCUCAGUCUUUUGAUAUUGAAAAACAAGUUUGCUUUUCCAACUCCUCUGAUACUGAUGUGGUCGAUUUGUUUUGGAUUGAUUAUUCGGGUGCUGAGGUUUUUAUUAGUACCAUUGCUCCAAAGCAACAAGUUGGACAGAAAACCUUUGCUACUCAUCCCUUCCUGAUGAGAAGUUUAUUGAGCAGAAAGAUUGUGGGCUUGUUUGUGAUUGAUGAGCAAUUGCCCGAUCGAUCAACAUUGAAAUAUGGUGAAAAUAAUUAUAAUACAAGUGGCAACAGUAAAAGUAGUGGUGGAAUGAUUCCUACACCUGGUGAUGCUCCACCUCGUUUGUUUGAAAAGAUUACUUAUAGAAAUAGUAUUGUAGGAAGUCAAGAUCAAUAUUAUGGUUUGAAAUCAGCAACUGGAACUUGGCCUGCAGAGCUACAUGUAAAGAAUAGAACUGGACAUAAUUUGGAGUCUUAUUGGAUUGAUUUUGAAGGUAAUUUGAGAAGUUAUGGAAUUUUGGAUUCUGGAAAGAAUUUUGAUAGUAUGAGUGGACAUGGUCAUAUCUUUCUUUUCAAAACUCCUGAUGGUUCCUAUCAGAAGAUAAUUACUGCCUCAUCUGAAAAACCUUCUCAAUUCCUCGAUCCUGAUGAAAUUGAAAUUACUGCCUCAGUGAUAGAUUCACCUUCAGAAACUAGUUGUCACUCUAUUCUUGAGAAGCAUAUUCAAGGAAGGUGUGGACGUGCACUCAAGUUUUUCACUGAACCUCACAUUGAUCGGAUCAUUUCAGAAAUUGAAACCAAACUCAAACAAGAAGGAAAACGAUUCAUUGAUGAAGACUUUUUCCCAGGAGAUAAUUGGAAGAGAGCUAGUGAUUAUUUCAAAAAUCAAGCCAGUAUUUUCAAAGGUGAUAUUUCUCCAAAAGCACCAAUACAAGGAGGAGCAGGUGAUUGUUGGUUAAUCCAAUCAAUGAGUGGAGCAGCCACCUUACCAGACAAGAUUAAGGAAGUAUUUUGCAAGUGUGAACAUAUUGAUCCAUCAUUGGGAUUGUUUGUCUUGUCUUUCCAUUCAACAGAUGGUUCAAAAAUAUUCAUUCUCUUGGAUGAUUACUUUCAAUUUACAUCAACCAAUUUUAAAUGUUCAAGGAGUAGUACAGUUGGAGAAUUGUGGGUUCCGUUAAUUGAGAAGGCAUUUGCAAAACUGUGUGGAAGCUUUGAAUCCCUUCAUCCAGUUGUUGGAAAUCAUGGUAUUAAUCCUGCUGAAGUGUUGUUGUACUUAUUAAGCGGCAAAAAUGGUAAAAACAUUCAAUGGUACUCUGCUGAGGGGAAAACUAUAAUCUCUCAGGGAAAAUUCUAUCCACUCGUGGAGAGUUUAUUGGACAGUAAAAAGAGCGUACCAGUCUGUACCAGUAAUGCUAAUACCAAGGAGGGCUAUGUUGAUGAGUAUGGAAUUGUUCACUAUCAUGGAUAUUCCAUGUUGGGUUAUAGAAAAUAUCCUCAACACGGCAUCAAUCUUCUCCACAUAAGAAAUACAUGGUCCAAACAGGAAUGGAAUGGUUUGUGGUCUGAUAAUUGUGUACAAUGGGCCAAAUAUCCUGAUAUUGCCAGUGAACUGAGAAGUGUUUCAGAAGAUGGAUGCUUUUGGAUAUCAUAUGAUGAUUUUGUAAAUCACUUUUGUGUACUUUGGUGGAAUGAAUUUUAA